UACAGUAAAAUCAACACCUUCGUCACCAUUACACGUGCUCGUUACGAGUAAUAGUCGCUCGAAAUAAAUCACAAAAAAUGCUGAAACUUUCCAAGCGAAUAAAAAUUUAAAGUGAUAAAAACACGUUUAAAAAAUUCAAAAUGUAGAACGAAAAUAGUGAAAAUACUCGAGUUAAACCACAACCUAUACCUAAGUCGUCACAAAGGCAUGAAUUCCAUCGGAGAUGAUUCGGUUUUCGAGUACGAUCCUCAUCAAAAUAAAACCAGCAGCGAGCUACAAAUGGAAAUAGAUAGAUGCAGGUCUUCCAAAAGGUACAUUAUAGCACUACUCGUAUGUUUCGGCUCAUUGAAUAUGUUCAUACUGCGUACCAAUUUGACCAUAGCUAUCAUAGAGAUGAUGUCCAAUAAAACUAUCGUCGUAGGAAAUCGAACUAUAACUCGGGAACCAGAAUUCAAAUGGGACUCAAAAACCAGAGGAUUUUUAUGGAGUCUAUUCUACUACGGAUUCUUGGCCACUCCACUAGGAGGAUAUUUGGCAGACAAAUAUGGCGGUGUGAGAAUCUACGGCUAUGGAAUCCUGGUCACAGCCAUUUUAACCUUCUUUACACCCAUGAAUUUACGUCUCAGCAUAUACUGGUUCAGUAUUUGUCGAGUUAUUCAAGGAGUAGCUGAGGGCAUGUCAUUUCCCAGCAUACAGAUAAUUGCUUUGAAAUGGUCAAGACCUGAUGAGCGAACGAAAUUCGUGGCAUUUGGAUACACGGGUGUUUACAUAGGAACAGCAGUAUCAUUUCCAUUGUGUGGGUACCUAGCUCAUAAAUACGAUUGGACGGCGAUAUUUUAUGGAACAGGGAUGAUAGCUUUAUUUUGGGCUCUCAUGUGGUUCCUAAUUGUACCUUCAGAUUCCCCUCAGAAUGAAUCACGGUUUAGCUCUCGUCUAUCGGUGAAUUCUGAAACCGAGAUAUCGCGUAAAAUGACGACUUACCCCUGGAAACACAUCUUGACGAGUAAAUCCUUAUGGAUGCUGAUCAUUGGUCGGAUUACAUACGCUUUAGGAUACAACAUCGUGGCUUUAUGCUUCCCUCUUUACCUCAGAGAUACGACCACUUAUAAUACCAACGAAAUAUCCCAAUUAUCGGCUAUUCCAAAUAUAACAACAGUAUUUGUAAUGCCUCUACUGGGGUGGCUGGCCGAUUACCUUAUUGAUAAAAAAAUUUUCUCAACGAGUCAAGUCCAUAGAAUAUACCUCAGUGGAAGUUUGUUCAUAGCUGCUGUAAUUCUCAUUUCGAUAGGAUACAUAUCUAAACUGGCCGUCAUCAUUAUAUGCUUGGUUUUAUUCAAAAUACUAUUAUCUUUCGCAAUAAUCACCAUUCAAGUAAUGCCAGUCUGCAUAGCUCCAGCAUAUUCCAGUCUCAUAUCCGGUAUAACAACACUAUGGCAUACCAUCACCAUGAUCAUAACUCCACUUUGUAUUGGUUUUCUAGUCACUGAUCGCAGCAUAGAACAAUGGAGAUUAUACUUCGUAUCUACUGCGAUCGUAAUGAUCUUAGGAUCGAUAGUAUUUUUCACUUAUGCAACCAGCGAACUCCAGCCUUGGGCGAUUAUAGAAGAAGAAGAAGACGACGACAACGAAACUGAAAUGGGAAGCUUGAACGGGCUAAAAUUUUGACAAAAAAUUACCAUUUACUCGAUUGAAAAAAACUACAAAAAUAUUUUUAAAA